UCAAAUUUAAUGCAGUUUUAUUUAUGGGAACACAUGUUGUGCAAGGGGUAUUAUCUGUCUUGUUGCUCUGACGGAUUUAAUAGGUCGGUAAUUUAUAGCUGCCGUGUCGUGUAGCUAAUUGAACUUAACCUCGAUUUUAACGUGAAGCACAUCUGAAAAUGAACAAUAGCGCUCGAUAGUUCCGUCUGAGUCACUACAUUCGAUUUUAGACAUUGAUAAUAUGACUGAAAACAUUUUCUCUCUGUAGCCACACAAGCGUUGUGUGUUUUCUUAAGUUUUCAAGGGUUUUUAAGGAAGUAGAAGUCUGGAAAGUUACCCUGAAAAGUGUUUGCGCUUGCCGUGACUGUGAAUGACAGGAAAGCUGUUGGUUUGCAGGCUCGCGCACUGACGCACGGGUGACCAUUCAGCUGCGCGGGGUGCUGCGAGAGUAUCAGUUCAGUCUGGGCACACCGGAGCGCGUGAGGCACGGUUGUAAUGUUGGGCUCCGAGGACCACGGAGAGAUUCGCAAACGAAACGCCACCGGAAUGAAGCGGCCUUUCAGCCCUGCCGAAGAUGAAACGCUGACACAACUGACCAGGGACGAGGGCGUGUCCUCUGACGGGGUGGAGUUUACGAGACAGGAUGCCACGCCCACCAGCGCACGUCCGAAGCGGGAACGUAAACACAGGUCGUACACGCUCUGUGAAGUGUGCAACAUUCAGCUGAACUCUGCAGCACAAGCACAGAUACACUACAAUGGCAAAACACACCAGAAACGGCUCAAACACAUAAACAACAGUAACACAGGUACGGCUGCUCAGGGGAGCCCCCUGCUGGCCUCAUUACCGCUGCAGGGUCGCCCACUCCAAACACCUCUGGAUUUGAAAAACUUCCUGCCGUUCCGCCUCAGCGGCUCCUCUCCUCUCAGCCUCUUCCCAAACUUCAACACUAUGGACCCUGUGCAAAAAGCAGUGAUAAACCACACGUUUGGUGUUCCUCAGUCACUAAAGAAAAAACAGGUCAUCUCGUGCAAUAUCUGCCACCUGCGCUUCAACUCCACGAAUCAGGCUGAAGCUCAUUAUAAAGGCCAUAAACACGCUCGUAAGCUAAAGGCUUUAGAGGCUCAAAAGAACAAACAGCAGAGACGACAACUGGACAGUGCACAUCAUAACCGAGACAGAGAGCGAGAGAAGGAUCGUGAAAGGGACAGGGAGAGAGACGGUGACAGACUGAAAACCAAUGCUGUGGAUGGACUUACAGUCCAGACGGAUGACAGCGCAACAGAGGGACUUGCAGUCUGUGACUCUGACGUGAGGAUGGACGAUGCUCACUCCAGUUCGGUGGUCUUAACACCUAUAUCAGAGGUGUCAUCUGCAGACCUGUCUGUAUCUUCCCCUCACUCUCAGCAUACAGACAGCUCGCUGGAUCCUGCUGGUGCCACCGGUGAGACGGGCACCCAGCAGGACAGCCCUGUGGGGGAAACACAGGCAGAGAAGGACCCCAAAAAGACCAAACAACAUCUGCACUGCCCCGUCUGUAAAGUUACAGUCAACUCCACCACUCAGAUGGAGGCUCAUAACAGUGGUACAAAGCAUAAACUAAUGUUGGAUGGACAAAGUGUUGUGCCACGACGGCGAGGGAAAGCAAUGUCCCGUCCCUCGUGUAAAAGCAAGCGAUUGGCCAGUAAGGGAAGUGUGGGCGUGGCCAGCAAGAGCUUCUACUGUGAAGUUUGCGAGAUCCAUGUUAACUCUGAGACUCAGCUUAGCCAGCACAUGAACAGUCGAAGGCAUAAGGAUAGAUUGGCUGGAAAGCCUCCUAAGCCCAAAUUCAACCCUCACACAAAGAGCCAGCCUACCUCAGCAACACUGCAGGGCAUCAGGUGGAACGGUUAUGCGAGUAGUGCUGUGUCUGCAAUGAAGAAAGUUAUCAACCAGUGCAAUCUGUCCUCUCUGACCUCACAGACUAAGCUGGUUCUACAGAAGCAAUUGACAAAAAAUUUGACCGCCAGCUUCUUGCCCUCCCCCCUAACUCAGCACACCCUCUGCACUAUGGCAGCCAAUCCGCUCGCACUCCGUCACCCACCUGGCACUACUUUUAUUCAAACGCCAAUCCUUGGCCCCGCCCUCUUUCGGCCAGCGCCCGGACCUCUGAGAGCCACGCACACCCCCAUCAUUUUUUCCCCAUAUUGAGCACCCAAAAUACAAACAAAGCCACCGAGCUCAUUCAACAAGGGUGCACGUUCACAUGAUUUAGUCUUACGAUCAAUUCUCAGUACCGACGAGUAUUCUCCGUGCUUCUCUCUCCAAGCUACACAUAUACACACACGUAUAUAAAACAAACACAAAGACGCAACAAUCCCCAUAGUGUUCCCUAUAACCCUUAAAGACUGUGCCCUACACGGGCCACUCUUGAACUAUGCAGCAAAGGGAGAGACUGGGAGAGAUAGAGAGGGAAAGCAUGAGAUACUGUAUUAUAAUCCCACACAGAAGGAAGAGCCGUAUAUGGGAGGGGCCUCAGUGCAAACACCAGCCCACUAUGCAGAUUAACGCUUGAUUGACAGUUCACACUGUCCUAAAGUAAGACUGAUAAGGGAAUGGAAAAGAAUCUCUAUAAAAUGGAUAUUUAGCUUUGAUUUAAGUAUGUGUCAUUAUAUUAAUCAGGUUUUUAUUAUAUAAUUUAUUAGAGAAAGCCAAUUUUAGAGACCUAUAACUGCUUUAGCUGUUCGUACGUUUAGUGAUGAAAUGCAAACAUCCCUUUACUUGAUGCUUUUUUAUUUCUUGUCCGUUUUCAUGUCAUUCCACAUACAUGAGCAUGCCUGUAUUCCCAGAUUUCGAGUAACCUCAUCUGACCGGCUUCUCUUACAAACACAAACCUCACUCAUCCGCCGGUUUACAGCUGCUAAAGCUCAAUGUCAUGGGUAAUCACACAGUAAUACUGAGUGUGAGGCUAAUACGAGAAGGUGACAAUUUCGUAGCACAGCAACGCUGUAAUUCAAACACACACACACACACACACACACACACACAUUCGCCCGCUUACUCUCAAUCAGUGUCCCAAUUUUCUCAGUCUUGAUGCAUAGAUUAGAUGAUUUGAGAUUGCAGAUGCUCACACACACACACAGAGACAAUAUCAGAUGAGAUGAUUAUGGUAGAGUCACAGUUUGAUGUGGCCUUUCAUGUCUGCAUAUUUCGUCCUCCGUAUGCCCUCAUUAUGGCCUCCCAAAGGUCAGCGUGCCUGUCAAAAUCUCUCAUCAAAGUCCCAUCUUGAUUAAGAUCUAAUUCCACAGCAUGUUAUUUGUUUGUUGUACGUGUGCGUAUCAUCCAAAACCUGUCGUGUGUUCAUUUCUCCUUUGUAACGGAGGGGAAAACAUUUUGGGUUUGUUUCUGGAAGCUUUCAGUGAUGUAGAUGCGAGAUGAGCCAUUGCCAAAACAUAAUGACUUUAAUAGCGGUUAGUGAAUAUAUUACUUCUAUUGGUGCAAUAGUUUUUAAGAUUACACAGUGCCAGCUACGUAUUACGGCUGUCAGUUAAACAUGUUAAUAUAGUGCGUGUAUACUUGUACGUUAAUAUGAAAGUAAGGAAUUGCAGUGUUUAAAGCUUGAAUCCCCAGCUGCUACGAUAGACAAUGCGUUUCAGUAUACAAAAGUACACCCUGUCUAUUUGAGACAGUUUGACAAACUCCAUUACUUAAUGGAUUGCUUUGGACUAUAGGGCGGUGACAGGCUUAUAUUUAAUGAUAGACUUCCAAAUGCACUUUUUGUGAUGCCUCAGUCGUCUAUUGUGCUGUCUUUUAAAUUACCUUCAUUUGAUGGCUUUUUUCAGUAUAUAUUGAUAGGCCUUUAUGCAAUUAAAUGAAAUGUUUUAAGCAAUUGACAGCCCUAUAAAAACACACAGGCUACAAGGAGUGUUUCUAUCACACUGACCCAGGAUCAGUGUCUACUAUUGUCACCUGAUGGUUUUGGAUGGACUAAUAUCAAUCAUAUUUGACUCCCGACCUGUAGAAAUACUAGUCUGUUGUUUCAUUGAAGCCAUGUCUCAUCUUUUAUUUCGAUGUGUUCUAACAUACAGAGCUUUUUGUAAAUAUUUUAUGAUGAUACAGCUUUUAAAAGUGAUCUAUGAAUCAUUUAUAAUGUAUACACUGAGAAUUAGAGUAAAUCUGUAGAAUUUAUCAAAUGUUUAUUGUAGAUUCUUUAUCUGGUUAUUGUAAUUAAUGUGAUGAUAAGAACGAUCUCUUCUUUAUUUGCCAUUUCGACAUGCUUACAGUAUUAAAAAGAUAACCUAAUCUGACGUAGAUACUGUAUGUUUAUGUAGUAUUAUGUUAAAAUGUAAAUCAAAGUGCUCUACAUGCAAGAGAGAGAAAAAGAUUUGUAAUGUUUGAAGGGACCGCAUAUAAAAAAAGCUACAAAUGGGCCGUUUGAGACCCCAAAUACCCAGAUAAGGCUUCCUAGCCUGAAGUAACGGGUGAGUCUCAUGCCCACUCAGGGCUCUUGCUUUUCAGAGGAGGAAUCGUCCUUGCGCGAAAGAAGCCUGGGGUCUUGAACAGCGCUUUAUAACAACAGCCAUAUUGAAACCAAGCUACAAGAGGCACAACAUGGACAAAUUCUGACUUUCCUGAUGACACUUUAAAAUAGUGACUUUGCUUGGACUCCAUGAAUUGAUUCUCCUGUUUGUUUGUUUGUUUGUGCGUGGAUGUGUGUUUUGAUAACACAUUGACAUCACACUAAUCUCUAUAUUCGAGUUGAAGAACGAAAUGUGAAUGACAAAUAACAUCAGUCUUGGAAAAUUAUUCCAUUCCUGGAUGUGUCACGCUACAAGGUCCAUACAGACAUGGUUGGCUACCAUAAUAAUAACUGUGACUGGCAGGUUAGCAAUUUCACAUUGAUAAAAAAAAAAUUAUUUGUUUGAAAUUCAGUCAUUAAGCAAUAAUUGCGGAUACUGGAAUAUUUUUAACAAAACAGAUGACUCACUUUCUCUUUUUCUCUAUUUUGUGUUACAUGAUUUUUUUAAAAGAUCCCAGCAGGCAUUUCAACGUUGAUUCACCGUUGGAUCAACGUCAAGGACAAGGUUGAAUCAUUGUUUAAUUUCCUUUUAAUUUGGAAAUUGAAUCAACGUUGAACAAACAUUAUUUCAACCAAACUUCAACGUUGAUUUUUAAGCAUUUUCUUAACCUUUUGCAACUGUUUAGCAUUAACUGUUGUAUCAACGUUGUUUUAACGUUGAAACAAGAACUGACAUUAUUUCAACCAUAUUUCAACGUUGAAGGUCAGUCAUAUGCCUGCUGGGAUAGUUUACCUAAAAAUAAAAAUUCUGGCACCAUUUAUUCACCCUCAUGUUUUUUUAAACUUGUAUGCGACUCUUUCUUCUCUGGAAUACGAAAGAAGAUAUUUUGAGAAAUACUUUGGUGGUUUGUGUCCAUACAAUGGAAGUCAAUAGGGUCCGGUGUUGUUUGGUAACCAAUGUUCUUCAAAAUAUUUUCUUUGGCGUUCUGCAAAAGAAACUCAUACAGGUUUGGAUUGGCAUGAAUGUGAGUAAAUGAUGAAAGAAUUUUCAUUUUUGGCUGAACUCUCUUUUGAAUGCAGUGAGUGAUGUAUGGUGGACAGUGUUACUGUUGGCAAUUUGUAUCACAUUGGAAACAGCUUCAUUUGACAUUUCCUUCUGUUUAUUUUUCCUGGGAAUCGGAUGUAUCGUUUGCUGUGUCACAGGCAGUCUUGGGAACAUCCGUUGCCAGCGGUGACAAGACAAGUGGCUGGCAUUUUUUAUUUCUUCCACAUGCAUUCACAUGUGGUUCAGGACCAUUUGAGCAUUUACACACACACACACACAUACACACACAUACUUCGACGUCCUGCCUUGUGCCAAAUUAUGUACUCAGUAAAAUGCCACAUUUUUAUUUAGUUUUUCUCACUAGUCCUCUUUCGUACACGUUUCUAAAUUAAACAUUGCGUUGGUAAAAAAUACACAAAAGCACAAAAAUACCCCCCCCCCCAUAAAUAUGCAUCACAGAGCCGCACGUGAAAGUGUGCGUGAGUGUGAGCGCGGCGCGUGACUGUUCUGCUGAUAAUAAUUGUAAAUUGUGUCAAAUUCAGCUAACUUAAAUGUUUCAAAGGCAUGAACAAUAAAGACAUUUCAAUAAUGCUUAAAAUGGGACAUGGCCAGUAUUGCGUACUUUAAAUAUUGACAUACAUAUAUUUGUUCGUUACUGUAUACUCGAUGCAUUGUUUGUCUGUGACUGAUCUCUUAACAUUGAUCUGUAGCCUACUGUCGGCUGACACAAAGAGAACUGUAUUUUCAUAGGGUUUUGCUCAUUGGUUUUCUGACUCAUUUGCUAUUUCUCUGUACAGGGUGUGUAUGAAUGCGUGAAAACGAAAUAAAGCGGAGAAUGAGAGAGAGAAAUAAAUCGAUUAGAUCUUCCACCUCAGCGCACCGGCUCUUCUUUGAUGGGCUCGUGGGACUGAGGAGAAGUUGACAGCUAGUCAGCUUGGUGUUUUGCUUUUUAUGACAUCCCAGCUCUGUGUAACCCAGCCAAACGGGCUACAGUUAAAAUUUUGUAAAACUGUCCGAAACAUACCCUCGAAUGAUCUAUGAUAAACACUACAUGCAAGCACGUUUAUUCUGUUUUAAUUUUAACGCUCAAGCGCCACCCUGUGUUUCUAAAGAGAACUGCUAGAAACUAAAGAGAGGUAACAGGUGCACACUUUUAGCUGGUUAACAAAUUAUUGGACGUUGUUUUAGCAUUACUAAAACGUACACAAAUUAAUUAAAGUUAUAAGUACUCAUUUGUACUUACAAGAAACAAUACUAUUGACUAGAAUGUGUUGCAUAGUGGCUAUAACGACAUACAUUUUGUUGCGAUUGAAUUCAAUAUGGCUCUGAGGUGAUACAUAUUUUUUAUAUAUUUUUAACAUUGGACAUUUUUUAAUUUCUUGUAAAACUAUCAAGUAGCCAUUUCGACUACAAAUGACAGGUAAACUUGUCAGCUAAGAGUCAAUGUAAAUAGCAACUAACCAAAAAAUAGCUUGUGUAAAAUUAAAAAUUAUUAGAAUACUGGAAUGUGUAUUUAUUCAUUUUAAACUUUAUAAUGACAAGUGAAUAUUUUAAAAUUAAGCCACAGAAAUCUUUAGAUAUUGCAUUCAAAGUCUGGGAUGCCAUGUUCAAAUUUUACAUCUCAGUUUAGUUAUUGUACGGUUAAUACUCAUUCAUCUUUUGAAGGUUAGAGAGAGAAAAACACUAUUAAUGGAAUCUGUAAAUGAUGCCAUCAUGGAGGGUAGCUUAAACUAAGCAAUAACAUCAGACAAAUUGUUCAUCACACACAUACUGACACACACAUUCUCUCACUGGCAGAAGUGGAUAGCCCUCUAUUAUGAGGUCACUGCAGAUUUAGCCAUGAACUAAAUGAAAUAUCCACACUGUAAAAAAGAUAAAGGGCAAAUAAAACCAAUUUUGCCCCUGAGGAACGAGACUGUCAUCUUGAGCUUAUUCACUCGUAGGAUGGCGGCUGUGUUGUUUAAGAGAUAAGCUUUGUGCUGUGUAUAAUGUGUCAUAUAGGUGUAUAGUCUUUUGAUAUAAGUGUGUAUGAGACAUUAAAAUGUGUAAAUAAAUUAAAUGAUGACAUAGGAUUGUUUAAAUAAAAGGUUAAAGUGAUGUACAAUGCAAGGCAAGCAUCUUUUUUAAUAUGACAAUCAUACUGUACAGUGUAAUGCCUUGUAAAGAUAAAGAAUUUAAUGCUUUAAAAUAAACAUUGAAGCAAUUCA